GCAUUUUUGGCACUUUAUAAGUAAGUAAUUCAUUAGGCGCGCCAAUUCCAAAAAUGGAUCAAAACGAAAAAACAAUCAUAAGUCCAUUGUUAUGAAGAAAAAAAACGUUAUAAAAUGUCUAUCUUGAAAGGAGGGGAAGAUAUCCUUAGCAAACCUGAUGAUGACACUUACAAUUCAGCUUUCCUUGGGGCAGACUUGGAAUUAGAUGGAUCCAGGCGCAACAGAGAGAUAUCAUUGUAUAGAAAUGACGAAGUUGUGUUAACUGUUGAACAAGGAAUAACUCUUGGACUUCUCAAGCUGAUAUACUCAUCUGAUCGAAAAUUUCAUGGCAUACUGCAAGGCGUCCGAAGUCGUUCAAUAUCAGAACAACCAUCCGUGACAUCAGUCAUCCUGUCAGAUGACAGGGUACUAGACCAAGAUGAAUAUGAAUUAAUAGUUCAGGAUCAACAUUCACAAUCAAGUAUCAUGCAUCAAACUUUGCCAUCUGAACUUCCACCUUCGUCCACUGCAAUUCCUCUUCCACCACCAACCAACAAUAUCUUCUUAACAAACAACACUGAAAAGAAAAUGGGUCAGUUUGUUUGUGAAUACUGUCAUCUGCCAUUUGUAUCAAAGGCAAAGUUUUUACGCCAUCGUCGCAUCCACACAGAAGAAAAUCCUUACGUUUGUGUAUACUGCAGCGAGGCUUUCCCUCACCAUUUGGAAUUACGUAAACAUAGAGAAGAAUUCCAUAUGACAAACAAAUCAUUCAAGUGCAACUACUGCCCGAAGACCUUUGCGACGAGAGCUGAAUUACGUGGACACUUAUGGAGACAUACUGGUGAGAAAAACCACAAAUGUCGUAUUUGUGGAAAAAGUUUUGCUACCAAGGGAAAUUUAAAACUGCAUAUUGACAAGCAUAUUGGUGUUCACAAACACAAAUGUCCAUUUUGUCCUCAACGGUUCACAUCACACUCCUCCUUGGAAGCUCAUAUGGCAAAACACACUGGUAUGAAGUCCUACAAAUGUCGUCACUGUAAUAAAAGCUAUGCACAAGCUGGUCAGUUAACCUCUCACGAAAGGUUACAUACAGGAGAAAAACCGUUUAUGUGCGAAGUUUGUGGCAAGUGCUUCCGACUGAAUUCAACGCGUCAAGCUCACGAGAAACGUCAUAGUGGAAGUCGACCACAUAUAUGUGACACGUGUGGCCGCUCUUUCUCAAUGCCCGAUCACUUAAGGCGUCAUUUAAAAACUCACGAAAACAAGCUCGACCGUCUUGCUUCUUGUCCCUUUUGUAAGAAGAAAAUCUUUUCCGGUCGAAAUAUGCGAAAGCAUUUGGUCCGACAUCGCGAGUUAAACUUAACAGAUGCUCAAGCGAAGGCGAUUUCUGCUUCUUUAAAACCUGACAAAGAAGCGGCUAGCAAAGAAACGGUGGAAGGGCUAAGCACGCCAAAUAAAAUCAGGCAGAGCAUUCACUGCAUGGAAUGUAACGAAGAAGUAAAAUCGAUACGUAAACUUUUCGAGCAUUUGACGGAAAACCAUUACCAUCGCGAGCUGAGCGCAUUGGAACGUAAAGAAAUUCGUUUGCAGUACGGUUUGCAAAGAUUACAUCACUGUCAGUUCUGUUCGUCCUGUUUUGUCGACUACCGGUUGUUGCGAUCACACGUCCUUGAUGAACAUCCGGAACACGCCGAGGAUGUCGGCUUUCUACCAAAAGGAAAACGUGCUGCUGAUAGCGGCUCGCAAAAAUGCCCCACGUGCUCCAUGCAUUUCCAACUACGUUCAACUUUGGACGAGCACAUUAUAAAAGCUCAUUUAACAGUCACGGAAGCUCCGUCAGAAAACACAACUUCUUCUCCAUUGUUUCGUUGUUGGUAUUGCGUCCAGACGUUUGGGACUACUGAAGAAGUGGUAUCACACAUGACGUGUGAGCACGAAAGCUUAGAAGUGUUAAGCAAGCGUGUAGAACUGACAGAAAACGUCGGUGACAACGCAGUAAGCUCCUCCGGUGUAUGGUCUUGUUCGCAAUGUCCAGCGACGCUACAAAGUGAAGAGGAAUACCAGGCCCACAUGGCAUUACAUGCCGAAAGUGAGAAACGUGCAGCAUCAUUGCUUAUUCCUUCUACGCCAUAUUUAGACAAACUAAACUUACUCCAGCAUGAAGAGAGCGAAGCCAACGUUCAGUGCGUUGUUAAGAAGUACUUGAAAGCCGACUACCCUUCUGUUUCUGACAGCGGUUCUAAUAAUUUACCAAUGGAGACAUCUAAAGGUCCCAUGCCAUCCAAUCUGCCGGACCAAGUUGAAGCAGCCUCGGAGAACAGCGACCAAAAAAUCCAAAGCAUAGACAACAGUGCGUCUACCAAUCAGGAAAACGCGAAUUUAGCAUGCAAGAAUAACAAUGGAGAAUUUUUGCCGAACGAGAACGACAAAAGUCAUACGACGUGUAGUUCUGAUACAAUCAGCAGUAAAUCUAGCAGUGUUGAGGUAAUGAUGUCCCCAAGUAUUGCAGUGAAAACUACAGACUCUGACGCUAACGUGAACACUAUUACCAAUUCACAGAAAAUCGCUUUAUCUACAAACACGUUAGACGAAGAACAUGAAAAAGGAAAGAAGCACAAGAAGAAGAAGAAAAAAAACAAGAAAAAGAACCGACCACUGAAAAAUGACAGAGUCUUCUCUCCCUUAAUGAUAUACGAUUCUAUCAAAGCUACCGACAGUGACGGCGCUAUUGUUCCGUUUCGGUGUUGGUUUUGUUCGGUGACGUAUAAUCGUCCAGAGGAUGUUGUUGCGCACAUGACAAGUACGCACGACAACUUAGAAAACUUAAGUCGGCGCGUCGAAGUGACAGAACUAAAAAAUCAACUGACUGAAAAACAGAAGGUUGGGCUAAAGUUAUUUAAAAACAGUACGGACGCUUCGUUGUCGCCAGUGGACAGUUUUCGUUGCUCGAAAUGUCCCAAGAAGCUUGAAAGCAAGGAAGCCUACGAACUACACAUGAUUAUGCACAAGGCUUCGCAAGAUAUGAAUUUACUGAAGACUGGAUCUUUGUUGUUUAACAAGAAUAAAGGCGUUGAGAGAGGUAACUCUGGCAGCAUAGAAGAUGAACCAUUACCUGGUGAUCAAAUGUACAGUGGUGGGAAUAAUUUCAACUGCUUAGCAGGAACAGAUAAUUUCGAUUUCAACAAAUCUAAGUUGAUGCUGCCAUCAUCCACGAUCGUUUCGCCUCAGGAAGCAUCGAAAGAAAUUUCAAACGUAUCUAAGCCCGAAACUGUUGGUGCUGUUGUGACAACGAAGACAAAAACGAAUGAUUUCAGGCCUAAACCAAUCAGGAAACCGCCUUCUAAGACGGCGAACAAAUCAAAACGCAAAACUAUUGUUGGUGAAGGAGGCGUUGGGGUAAAUAUGUGUACACAUUGCUCUCGUGUGUUUUGCAGCAAGAGAGCGUUAGACGUUCACACGUUCAAAAUGCAUGGACGCGAAUACAUGCAAAAUCCUUCUCAUUCUUGGAACACCUCACCAUUCACAUGUUGGUUUUGCUCCGCACAGUUUCCAUCUCCCGAACUUGUUGUUGAGCACAUGACGAACUCGCAUGAAAACCUAGAUAAGUUAAGUAAGCGAGUCGAAGAACAAAAUAUUCAAGCGAAUGCCGCCAUCAUCCAAGACAAGUCACCUGCAUUGAAACCAGGUCAAUCUGCUUCCAAGAGGUACGUUUCGAUAGCCUCAUCGAAACAGAUGUUGCCAUUACCUUCGUUGAAUACCACUCAGACGAAAACUAGCACGAAUCAGCAACCCCCGCCUGGUUUUAAAAUGUCUUACGCGUUAGCCUAUGUGCCAAUCUUCAUACCAGAGAAAAACGAAAGUGAGGAAAACAGAGACUAGCUAUUGAAAUCAACAUCACUUAUAAUCAAAUUGUAGUCAAUACAUUUAAAUCGUGACCAUAUUUAGACUGUAAUUUUCACGAGUUCGUUGUUUAGCCGGUGGAUUUAUGUUGCCAAAAUUAAUGAAAAAUGCGCCUUUUUAAGGCCUCUCUCGUAUGACGAAGAAGUACACCUCCCAACAACGACACUGAGACAGUGUCAAUCAGAUUCGGCUGUUGUAUGUCAGUAAUGAUAAUUUUCGUGAAAGGCAUAAUAGCUAUAAGACUUGUGGACAUUUUUUUUCGGUCCGUAAUAUACCCUUAGGGAACAAAUUUUCGUGGAAAUAAAUUUUCGCCUUUUUCUAUUAAAAUCCGCAAACCCGCGGAAAUUGUCUGUUUAAGAUAUUACCUUAGAAAUCGCAAUAAGCAGUAUAAACAUCUGUGUCAAUUUGCCGAAGAAUCUUUUUACGCCAUUUUUUUGUAUCAAUGCAUGUAUCAUUUUUUCAGUCCUUGGAUAAAUUUUGGCCGAAAAUGACGUCAAAGUUUCGA